AAAUUAUUUCAGACUUUCUCACUUAGUGGGGCAGCCUCUAGUUGAACUAACCUUAUGGUGGGAUGCAUGAUGCAUCGAGCUUGCAGGAGCUUUAGUGGGGUUCUACAGGUAGGUACCCGCCUAAACUUUCGUGCUUUUAGCAGAUGAUGGAGGGGUCAUGGCAGUAUCCAUCUAUCAGGGAUUACGGUAACCCUUUGUUCGGUAGUCGGCGAGAAUGCCCUGAGGUGAGGUAUGUAAGUAUCGGUUAAGUACCCCGGUAUUCGGUGUAAUCCACGUCUUAUCACUUUAUCGAGUGGCACACGAACUGGGUAGGUACCGCAAAGAUCCCUACGUAUUGAAUCCGUAGCAGCUAUAUCAUUGAGAGCACAUUUCGUCAAAGCCUUGGACUCGAUUUCAAUUUCGACUUCAAUGUUUCUAAUUUGCGCAAUCAAACUUAGAUUACCAACGCCUGCACUGCAUUCAAAAGUCUACCUGUGGCAAUUCCAUUGGAGUUAAUUUACAACAAGCUAUCGAGGACGAAGCGGUCUUUUUAAGAUCCCAACGCGGACUGAUUUUCAACAUGGCGGAUAGGUCGAUGCCCUCGUCCUUCGACGAAAAUAAAGAUUACAAUGAAACUGCGGCUCAGAAGAUAGGCCGUAAGCUACGAGAGGAGCCUCUCAUCCCACUCGGCACCUUACUCACCACCCUCGCCGUCAUCAAUGCCUGGCGAGCUAUGCGCCGUGGCGACCAUGCGCAGGUGCAGCGCAUGUUUCGGGCACGAGUGGGCGCCCAGGCCUUUACAGUCCUAGCAAUAGUGGCCGGCGGCGCAUAUUAUGGGGCGGAUAGGGAGAAGCGAAAGGAGCUGAUCAAAUUAGAGGCCCAGCAGCGCGCCGAGGAAAGGCACCAAAAGUGGUUGAAAGAACUCGAGGUUAGGGAUGAAGAAGACAAACAUUUGAAGGCCGCCAUGAAGAGGAGACAGGAGCGCGUCCAGCAAAGACGUGCCCAAGAGAAAGAGAAGGGAGACGUGCUGGAGGAUGAGACCCGGUCCAAUACCGAUAGCGACGGGCAGGAUAAAAAGGAGACAUCGAAUGUUUUGGGCGCUUUGGCAGAUGUUGGCGGUUGGUUUGGGACGAGGAAGAGUGAGAGCGCAAACAUACCUGAAGAUAAAAAGGCCGAGAAGAUGGCAAAAGCGGAAGCCACUAAGAAAUAAAUCAUCAUACACAUACAUUAUCAAGCUUAUGAUCGGGUUGACUUCCCUAAAAGCAGCGAGGUAUCAAAAUGGGAUCGGAAGGAAACAGCCAGAGGACAUCUGGGAUGGUAGGGGACCAAAAGCUGGGCUCUGUUGAUAGGUUGUCUAUAAAGGACCA